CACUAAUACACAUAGCGUAUACAGUUUUGGAUAGCGGUAAAACGCACGAAGAAAGAGCAGAUUCAACAACAGUGCGGCAGGUAGCACUAAGCAUUGCGUCUGACCCAGAAAGCAGAAAAUGCCUGACGAGCGCGCUUUGAAGAACCCCUACAAAGAUUACGAUGGCACCCAAACCUUGUUUGACGCUCAAGGAAACCUAACGGCAUCCUUUGCUGGCCGAAUCACACAUAAGAUCAAUGACCUUCUGACGGCCAUGGAAAAGGGCCUGAAGUCGGCUGAUCCCAGGGACUGCACAGGCUACACAGGAUGGGCCGGCAUUGCGCUGCUCUAUCUGCACCUGCACGGCGUGUUUGGCGAGCCCUCUUACCUGCAGAGGGCGCUGGACUACGUGAGCCGCAGCUUGAGCCUGACUGGCCGCUGGAUCACCUUCCUGUGUGGUGACGCCGGACCGCUGGCCAUCGCUGCUGUGGUCUACCACCGCCUGCAGAGGAACCAGGAGGCCGACGAGUGCGUCAACAGGCUGCUGCAGCUGCACCAGAGUGUGGUGAAGGGCGUUGGGAACCUGCCUGACGAGCUGCUGUAUGGCCGUGUGGGCUACCUGUACUCUCUGGUCUUCAUCAACCAGCAGUUCGGCCAGGAGAAGAUCCCUAUGCAGUACAUCCAACAGAUCUGUGACGCGGUUCUGGCCUCGGGCGAGAGUUUGGCGAAGCGCAACCGCACCCAGGAGCAGAGCCCUCUCAUGUACGAGUGGUACCAGGAGCAGUACGUUGGCGCCGCCCACGGCCUGGCCGGCAUCUACUACUUCCUCAUGCAGCCAGGCUUCGUGGUGGGCCAGGAGAGACUGACGACGCUGGUCAAGCCCAGCGUGGACUUUGUGUGCCAGCUGAAGUUCCCAUCGGGCAACUACCCGCCUUGCGUGGGCGACGAGCGCGACCUCCUGGUGCACUGGUGCCACGGCUCCCCGGGGGUCAUGUACAUGCUGCUGCAGGCCUACAAGGUGUUCGGAGUGAAGCAGUACCUGGAGGACGCUUCCCAGUGCGCAGAGGUGCUGUGGCAGCGUGGCCUACUCAAGAAGGGCUACGGCCUGUGCCACGGCGCCGCGGGCAACGCCUACGGCUUCCUGGCGCUCUUCAAGGUCACCCGCGAGGCUAAGCACCUCUACCGCGCCUGCAUGUUUGCGGACUGGUGCAUGAAUUAUGGCAAACAUGGCUGCCGAACUCCAGACACUCCAUUCUCUCUCUUUGAAGGCAUGGCAGGCACUAUUUACUUCCUGGCUGACCUGCUUCAGCCUAUGAGGUCAAAGUUCCCAGCCUUUGAGAUAUAAAGGUAUCCAUGGCCACCUUCAUCGAGUCCAAGGCUACUUCAACUACCAUGUUUUGGAAGGCUCUUUCACGUCUCUCUCUCUCUCUUUCUGCUUGCACAUGAGAACUCUAAAGUCUUGACACACAUUAGUUGUCAUGGCUACAUGCUUUAAAAUUUUUCUUUUUUUUUUUUUUUUCAAAAAAAAAAAAAAAAAAAGAAUUGGCAUGAAACACAGAGAUGACAAAACAACUUACAUCACUACACACACACAUUCUGUGACCACACAUGGUAACGUGAUGUGCAAGUCAGUGUGAACCCACAGAAGUCUCAAUAUAUGUCCAAGUCCUGGUAUAAUUUUCUAUAGUCUGGUCUUGAACUCAUGCCUAUUGCCCAUAGGUGUAUGAAUAGUCAUUGGACUGCUCCAAAGCUUCCAAGGAUUUAAGAGAAACCGUGUAAGAGAACAGUGAUCUGUAGGCGAACACCCUUUGCACUUGCCGUGUUGGUUUGCAUGCUAAAAGCUUGUAAGUGUCCGCCGGCAUCAUAGGUUUCAUAAAAAAAGGAAAAAAAGAAUAUUACUUUGAAUUAAGAGUUGUCUUAAGGAAAUGUGUGGGGAAGGGGGAGAGAAUGUUGCAAUUCUGUCUGCUUGUCAUCAAGGUGUGACUGAACAAAGGCAUAAGUAGUGGUGUUAGGAAUCAAAUUCAUGUAUGGUACCUAAUUGUGUGCAUAAAAUGUGCUGCCCAUUCAUUUUUAUAUGUAUGUUGCUUACAAGCAAAAAGGAAAAAAAAAUGUUUCGGUGUCAGUAUUGUAUGUGGAUAUAGCCAGUGGGAUUGAACGUCACUUGCGCAAUUCAUAAUGACUCUGUUUUUUUUUCCCCUUAUUGAUCUCUUUUUUCUAAGUCCUUUAUUCACUUAGCAUGGCUAUGUAUGAUUUUUUUUAUUUGAAUUUGUCAUGCCUGCUAUUUACACAGGCAGUUUCUUUUUUAUGGCAUUAAUAUGACUUGUAAAUAAGUACUAAACAGUGUAACUGUAAACCUGUUCACUGAGCUAGACCAUGUAGGUGCAACAUUGCCUGACCUUUGUUUCUUACAUCUCCAUUAGCUCAAUAAUAAAAUAAUAUUUUUACGUCUGUC